AUGCGGGGUCGAUGUGCGCAGAUGGACGAGAGUCCCGGCAGUCGCCUGCAGCGAGAGAGCGCCGCCGCGUGGUCCGCGGCCUCCAACGGUCCCAGCUUCCUGCGUGCGCUCGCCUCUGUGGGGGAGAAGCAGGAAGAAGGGGGGUGGCGGAGCGGAGGGGGAGGUGCCACGACACGCGCGCACAAUGGACAGGCAGGUAUCCCUUCGCCUCCCUCUUUCCACCUGCCCUCUGACUCCCCCGCUGCUGGACUCCGUGGGAUGGCAAGGCGAGCAGGGGUGUGUUCCGAGGCGGCUUCACCGAUUCCAAUCUGGGCCCCGAUCACAGUGGGCAGGUCAGCCCCGUCACACGCCUUGCCCUCCCAUCCCAGGCCUUGCCCCGCUCGCCUGCCCAUUCCCACCCCACCCGACCAUGCCAGCCCACGCCCUCCCAUGCCUGCAAUUCCUUGCCCCACUCGCCUGCCCAUGCCCCACUCGCCUGCCCAUGCCCCACUCGCCUGCCCAUGCCCCACUCGCCUGCCCAUGCCCCACUCGCCUGCCCAUGCCCCACUCGCCUGCCCUUGCCCCACUCGCCUGCCCAUGCCCCACUCGCCUGCCCAUGCCCCACUCGCCUGCCCAUGCCCCACUCGCCUGCCCGUGCCCCACUCGCCUGCCCAUGCCCCACUCGCCUGCCCAUGCCCCACUCGCCUGCCCAUGCCCCACUCGCCUGCCCAUGCCCCACUCGCCUGCCCAUGCUCCACUCGCCUGCCCAUGCUCCACUCGCCUGCCCAUGCCUUGCCCCACUCGCCUGCCCAUACCUUGCACCACUCGUCCGCCCAUGUUUGCUUACUCGUGUAUCUUCGUGCCCCUACAUUGUUCAGCCCCACUGUGCUCUCUCCAAUCCAGAUUGACACGCUGUAA